GACAGCCCAGAUUUGACGGCUGGACACGAGCUGCAAACUCACGUGGAGCAGGGCAGGAGAUAGAAAAUGGGCAGGGUUCCUCUCCUGCUUCCCGCCACUGCUUGAAUCAUUCCACUUCUGGGUUUGAGCGUCUCCUCCCAGUAUGACGUCCAGUGCCGGGAUAGCGUGGAGACAGUGGCGUUCAUUCAUUCUCCUUCAGCAGUGUACUUCACCAAAUAUAGAAGAGUGCAGAAUCAUGGCUCCUCACAAGCCGAUGCUGAGCUCCUUGGGGGGGAACAGACGGGCCCGCAGGAACCUGUUCGGCCCUGUGGACCGAGACCAGUUGCAGAUGGAGUACCAGGCAGCGCUGCGCAAGGACCUGGACGAAGCGUCCAAACGAUGGGGCUUUGACUUCAAGUCGAACAAGCCUCUGGAGAGCAGCGACUUCAAGUGGGAGGGCAUCCCAGAAACCAGGGUGCCACUUCUCUACAGGUCCUGCGUGCUGGCGGAGGGCCUGGGGCUGGCAGGAGGGGCUGUUCCGACCCAACUAGAAAGGGUGGAGAAGGAGAACAUCCCUCAGACGCCAGGGAAGUGGAAACUGGAGGACCUGAAGAAAACGCCCGAGAAGGGAGACAAAGCUGCGCAGAAGAGGAGACAGACGAACAUUACAGAUUUCUAUCAGGCCAAGAGACGAGUUGUGUGGAAGCCGAGGAAAUCCGGGGAGUGAUAUUCACAGAAUCGCCGCCCAAGCUCCCGGGAAACCACUCAGCCAGCACCUGACUCAGGAAUCAUAUGUUCCACUGGCAUAUGGCCACACAGACUACAACCAUGAAUCAUAUAAACAAAAAAAACCCCAGAGAGGACCUCAGCUGCUCGUCAAUGCUACAGUGUACGGUAAUUAGGGUACUGUAAAGGAGGGAGCUGGCUUGUUUUUUCCCCCCGCCGGUGGUAAGAUGGGGGCAUUUGAGCAGAAAAGAUUAACAGUAAUCCCUGGAAUCAGUGGAUUUAUACUCAUUUGGAUCAAGGGCUCGCCAAAGUGCUGACUGACAUUUGCUGCGGUCGUCCAUCCCACGGCUCUUUCAAAAACCUCAGCUUCACGGUAACUCUACCUCUCUGAGGAAACAUGAAAACCUGGAUGGAGCGAUUUGAGAUGUCGCUGAGGCUGUUCGGUUCGCAGGAAGAAGCACUUGGUCUCCUUUGUUCAAAUGCACUGUUGUUGUUUGUUUUGUUUUUUUACUGUGUUUUCUACUUCUUGUACUUUGUAUGAAAACACUCGAGGAGCUCUGAUAUCUUGAACAUGCAGAAGCUUUGCUUAGAUGCUAAAUGACAGAAGUGCCACCCUGUUAUUUUUUUUUCCAUCCAAUCUACUGUAUGUAAAAGUUGUCAUUUAAAAAAAAAAAAUCAACCCAGACAAUAAAACAGAGUUAUUAGCCUCUAACUCUUGUUUAUAGGAUAGAUGUUGUAAUCUAACUCAGAUUGAGAGAUAAAGUUUUAUUUAGCAUAGUAGCAUUAAAUUAAAAGCACUGCAGUAUUGCACAUCCAGAGCCUUUACUGUGCCUCUCGGUAUUUUUAAGCUCCAUAAACGACAAUCAGAAGAAAGUGUUCCUGAGCACAAAUGUAUUGUUUGCCAAGCUAAAGCACAUUUUAUCAAACAAAGCAUGUUCCUUUUUUUUUUUUUUUCUUUUUUUUUUCUUGACACUUAUCUCUGUUCUGGCAAACCCUGCUGCUAUGGAUAAUCUGAAUGGGUCGCAGACGAGGGCCUGUAAUUCUAAUCCUUUACAUACUGACAGCUUUGAAAUGUCCAUCGCUGCAAAUCCGAGGCUGAGAACUGCCGCACACAAUGAAUGCACUUCUGUUAGUAGACGCUUGUGCACAAACCUUCCAAAUAUAUUGUUUCUGUUAAAGAAAAGCUGCAAAAAAUGUCUAUUCCUUUAUUUAUUGAAAGAUUAUGUUCCAAGUGUCUAUUUAGAUUGUCUAAUUAUGAUAUUUUCUAACCUGAAUAAAUGUUUCAAAUGUAUUUGA